ACUCUCUGUCUCACUCAGCUCGGUGCAGCAUGUAUGUUAGAGUGUCUGAGACACCGGAGCCUGUGUUUACAUGCAAGCCUAUCAGUGGAGGUGGAUUUAGAGCAUCUGGAGGACCCAGGCAUCUCCCAUGCUCCUCACCGGGGACUCACCUCCUUUUAUCUCGCCUCGGGUAUCCCAUUUCUCCCUUUGAAUCCUCAUUUCAAUGGCCUCUUCAAUCUCUGCCCUGCUCUCUGAGGCAUUUUGGAUUUCCUUGGCAACGUGGAGCAGCUUAAAUUAGAAUUCUGUGCAUGACGGUCCUGGUAAGCAGUAGAAUGGUGUCCGGGGAGGCAGGUGGGCACAGCUACCUGGUGGCGUGCUGGCAGCCCAUCCUGGUCCUAAUGCUGGGCACUGUCCUCUCCGGCUCCACCACCGGCUGCCCGUCCCGCUGUGAGUGUAAUGCUCAGGAACGUUCCGUGGUGUGCCAUCGACGGAGGCUGGCCUCGUUUCCCGAGGGCAUCCCCAUCGAGACAAAACUACUGGACCUCAGCAAGAACCGUCUGAAAAGCCUGGGGCCUGAGGAGUUCAUCAACUACCCACAGCUGGAGGAGCUGCAGCUCAAUGAGAACAAUAUCUCUUCCAUGGAGCCCGGGGCUUUUAGCAACCUUGUCGGCUUGCGGACUCUGGGGCUGCGCAACAACCAGCUUAAGCUAAUCCAGUUGGGAGUGUUCACAGGCCUCAGCAACCUCACCCAGCUGGACAUUAGCGAGAACAGAAUUGUCAUCCUGCUGGACUACAUGUUCCAGGAGCUGUACAACCUGAAGGCUCUGGAAGUCGGCGAUAACGACCUGGUGUUCAUCUCUCACCGAGCGUUCCAUGGCCUCAGCAGCCUGGAACAGCUGACCAUGGAGCGCUGCAACCUGACGUCGGUGCCCACUGAGGCCCUGAGCCAUCUGCACAACCUGCUGUCGCUGCGACUACGCCACCUCACCGCCAAUGCCGUCAGGGAUUACUCCUUCAAGAGGCUGGAACGCCUGAGGGUGUUAGAGAUCUCCUACUGGCCCUACCUGGACACCAUGACUUCCAAAUGCCUGUACGGCCUCAACAUCACCUCCCUGACCAUCACAAACUGUAACCUCACCGCCAUCCCUUACCAGGCCAUCCGACACCUUGGGCACCUUCUCUUUCUCAACUUGUCUUUUAAUCCCAUUCACACGGUGGAGGGGAACAAGCUGCACAAUCUAAUGAGGCUCCAGGCCUUCCACUUGGUAGGAGGGAGAUUAGCCACAAUCGAGCCCUACUCCUUCCGGGGCUUGAACCAUCUCCGAGUCCUCAACGUAUCCAGCAAUAGCCUGAGCACCCUGGAGGAAUCCGCCUUUCACUCCGUGGGGAACCUGGAGACCCUGGCACUGUACGGGAACCCACUGGCCUGCGACUGCCGACUGCUCUGGGUCUUCCGUCGCCGCUGGAGGCUCAACUUCAACCGGCAGCAGCCCUCCUGCUCUUUGCCCGAGGCCGUGCAGGGCAAGGAGUUCAAAGACUUCCCCGACAUCCUCCCCUCCGAUUCCUUCACCUGCCAGAAGUCCAGGAUACAAGACCACAAGGCACUGCAGAGGCACGUAGACGAGGGCACAACGGUCCAUUACACAUGCCAGGCCGACGGCGACCCAGCCCCCGUGAUCAUGUGGCUGUCCCCCAAGAAGCAGUUCAUCACCACCAAGUCCGUGGGGCGUCUCAGUGUGUCCCCCGAGGGCACGCUAGAGGUGCGCUACGCCCAGAUCCAGGACAACGGUACCUACCUGUGCAUCGCCAGCAAUGCCGCAGGGAAUGACACCAAGCCUGCCCACCUGCAUGUGCACAGCUACUCGCCCAACUGGCCGCACCAGCCCAACAAGACGUUUGCUUUCAUCUCCAACCAGCCCAGCGAGGACGGGGCCAACGGGACCCUGGCCCAGGUUCCCUUCCCAUUCGACGUGAAGACUCUGAUCAUCGCCACCACCAUGGGAUUUAUCUCGUUCCUCGGCGUCGUCCUCUUCUGUCUCGUCAUCCUCUUCCUCUGGAGCAGAGGAAAAGGCAACGUCAAGCCAAACAUAGAGAUUGAGUAUGUACCGCGUAAGGCGGAGGCAGGUGAGAGUAGUCCAACCGGCGAUGCGCCACGUAAAUUCAACAUGAAAAUGAUGUGAGACUCAAGCUUACUGACACACUAUAUUCUCUUUAAAUAUAUGUGGAAUUUAUGAGAGAUAGACAUCUUGAUACUAUACCCCAAGACUGUUUUACCUUCAGGGACUGAGUCUUAAACAGCGAGUGUUGGAUUUAAAAAGUAUUCAAAUCUCUGUGCGUUUUUAUGGGCAAUAGUCAUAAAGAAAAUAAGCCAGUCAUGUUUUAUGCUCCUUUCAACCUGAAAAGGGAGAUUGUCUUUAUCUAGUCCUUUGAUUGUUUUAUUUUCUCUGUGUCUUGUUCUUCUUACCAAUGUACAAUGAGCAAAGGAAUGGUCGCAAUACCACUUAAAGGGGUAGUUCACAAAAAUACUGAAAUUGACAGCAGCAACGGUAAGAGGAAUAUCAUGUCAAUUUGUUUGAACUAUACCUUUAAUGGUUAUGGGUUUUGAGCAUAUUACUGUAUUAUGAGCAGGCGCAAUUCAAGCAAUGUACGUACAGAGCAUUCGGAAAGUAUUCAGAUCCCCCUUGACUUUUUCCAAAUGUUGUUACGUUACAGCCUUAUUCUAAAAUUUAUUAAAUCAUUUUUUAACUCAUCAAUGUACACACAACACCCGAUAAUAACAAAGCAAAAACUGGUUUUCAGACCCUUUACUCAGUAAACACCGGUAUUUGGGGAGUUUUUCCCAUUCUUCUCUGCAGAUCCUCUCAAGCUCUGUCAGGUUGGAUGGUGAGCGUCGCUGCACAGCUAUUUUCAGGUCUCUCCAGAGAUGUUCGAUGGGGUUCAAGUCCGGGCUCUGGCUUUUCAUCAAGGAUCUCUUUGUACUUUGCUCCGUUCAUCUUUGCCUCGAUCCUGAUUAAUCUCCCAGUUUCUGCUGCUGAAAAAAAUCACCACAGCAUGAUGCUGCCACCACCAUGCUUCACCGUCGGGAUGGUGCCAUGUUUCCUCCACACGUGACGCUUGCCAUUCAGGCCAAAGAGAGUGUUUAGGUGCCUUUGGCAAACUACAAGCCGGCUGUCAUGUGCCUUUUACUGAGGAGUGACUUCCGUCUGGCCCCUGUACCAUAAAGGCCUGAUUGGUGGAGUGCUGCACAGAUGGUUGUCCUUCUGGAAGGUUCUCCCAUCACCACAGAGGAACUCUGUCAGAGUGACCAUCGGGUUCUUGGUCACUUCCCUGACCAAGGCACUUCUCCCCCCAUUGCUCAGUUUGGCAGUGAGGCCAGCUCUAGGAAGAGUCUUGGUGGUGCCAACGAAAGAUGGAGGCCACUGUGUUCUUGCAAUGCUGCAGAAAUGUUUGGUAUCCUUCCCAGAUCUGUGCCUUGACACAAUCCUGUCUCUGAGCUCUACGGACAAUUCCUUCGACCUCAUGGCUCGGUUUUUGCUCUGACAUACACUGUCAACUGUGCGACCUUAUAUAGACAGGUGUGUGCCUUUCCAAAUCAUGUCCAAUCAAUUGAAUUUACCACACGUUGACGACAAUCAAGUUGGAGAAACAUCUCAAGGAUGAUAAAUAGAAACAGGAUGCAAAUAAUUUUUUGAAUUUGAAUACAUUUUCAAAAAAUAAAAAAAACCUGUUUUUGCUUUGUCAUUAUGGGGUAUUGUGUGUAGAUUGAUGAAGAUUUCUAUUUAUUUAAUCCAUUUUAGAAUAAGGCUGUAACGUAACAAAAUGUGGAAAAAGUCAAGUGGUCUGAAUACUUUUCGAAUGCACUUAAGAGAUAAAAGUAAGCUAGAAAGGCAUAGAAUGGCAUAUUCUAAGUUGUAAAUCAAUAUAUGUAUUAUGCUUGACAAUCAUCAAAAUCACAAAGGUCAUCGGUAUAAAUCACGGAAUAAGUACAAUGUAAAAUAUCAGCAAUGAAGUUAGGGUCCUCUGAUGCCAUUUUGUCUACUGAAUGUGCAGUGGCUCAAAUCCUUUCCUAGCAAACUAGGAACAUUCCCUGAACAUUAGCUAAGAUUCCCCUUAAGUUCUAGUUCGGGUCUUAGGAUGAUUAACAUCCCAAAAACAUUAAAAUAAUGUUUUUGUUAACAAAAUCAUUUUGUACAAUAUUCUUUUUUUAAUGAAAUAUCCUUGGAAUGUUCUCCUAACAUUCCCUAAAAUGUUGUGCACAACAUCUGUAAGAAACACCACAGAACAUCCCCCAAACGUUCUCAUUAGGUUACCAGGUAAUGUAAUAACACAAUGUAGCAGUAAUGUUUUUUACAACAUACGGCCGCAACAAAAUAAGAGAGCAUCGUUCUGGGAACAUUCUUGCAAAAUGCAAAUGUUUUAUACAAACAUUGUAUAACCAUCAGCACAAGUGGACAGUUUUUUUUGUGUUAUGUGAACAUUUGCCGCAACCUAACAAAUGUUCUGGGAACUUUCACAAAAUUAAUUUAGGUUUUUCUGGGUUGUUUGUAUAAUCACAAACAUGCUUCAAAUGAUAAGUGUGAUAUUCAAUUUGAAGCCCUAUGUUUUCUUUGUCAGUGUGUUUUCUCCUGUUUACAGUGAUCAGGAACCAGUUGUUGUAAUACAGUUGAUGUGUUAACAGGGUUUUAUGUGGUGAAAUACAUUUUACAGCCAUAGUCUGCUCUGAAAGUAGUAUGUUCAUACACCCUUAAACCCACUGGUUAUGAAAUAAUGGACGGAAUGGGAGCAUAUUAAAACAAUGAAGUUUUAUACA